AUUUUAUUGUAAUAAUGUUUGAUAGGCAAAAGCAGCAACCCAGCCAUGAUGGUAAUUCAAAGGUAAAAUUUAUUCCAACCCACAACAAGUGUACAUGUUUUAUUGACUGCCUGAUUAAUUGAUUGAAUUAUUGAGUGAUCAGUAAUUCUUUGUUUGUUUGCAAUCACGUAACAGAUCAAUUGAUUGGUUAAUUAAUUUAUUAUUCAAUUAAUUAUUUGCUAAUAAGUUGACUACUUGAUUAACUUACUGUUGAAUUGUUAAUCAAAUGACUGAUUGUUCUGAAAGAUUGAUUAUUUAUAAAGUAGCUUAACUUUUUAGUACAUUGCUACACUUGACUUGUACAUUGUGAUCGUUCUAAGCAUAAACCAUUGAAAUAUAUUAGAUGUAGUUAUUCUUUUCUUUAUAGUUCAUUUCUAUAACAUAUACUGUAACUAUAUGAUUUUGGGUUACUAAUAAUUUCUGUUAUGUUUAGCAAAAUACAGAGCCAGAGCCAUCCUCAGGCAUACCAGUGAAAGAUAACGCAAAUACAUUUGACCCUGAUGAGGACAUAAAGAGGCGAUUGAAGAAGCUAAAAGAGCGUGGUAUACUAAACCUAAUUACUGAGUUAUAUGAUAAGUUAUAAUUAAAUACUUAGUUUUACAUAAUGAUGAACAUCUGGUGUAAUUUACAGUUGGUUUAUAUGUUUGUUUGUGUGUCAAGCUCGAAUUUCACUCGUAUUUUAUGCAGAUAAUGCAACAAGUGAAACUGAUGUUCAUUCCAAGUUUGAAAACCUGACUGGAAGGGCUCCAAGUUCUGCACAAACAAGUGAUGUAAGUGAAUUUAUAUAGCCUAGGAUUCUCCGGUAAAACAUUCGACACUUCGAGCGAAGGCCCUUUAUUGGUAGUAAAAAGUAACACAGUUAUUUUAACAGAUACACACGUUUGGUCCCCAAAAGACUGAAGCUGAGGAGAUGUCAGAUUUACUGAAACAAAUGCAAGAUGAAUGCAGUAUUGAUGAUAAAUCUGGAUACGAACCUGGAAACUCAGGAAUAAACACCGAAGAUAUUGAACAAAGAUUGGAUAAACUGAAAGGACGAGAACCAAAGGCAAAGCCGUCUGGUUAGUCAUUUAUAUGACACUAACAAAAGCCCACUCUCAUAAUACGAAGAUUGAAAUUCCAUUUGAUAUUCAGUCUUUGCCAUACUGUUUUGAUCUGGGGAUAAAUAUUUUAACAAUACACCCUUGGGUAUAAACCCUCGUUUUCGUGCAUGUGACUUUAGUUAAACCUAAACGUCUGAAUUGUACGUACUUUCCGGUGUACUGGCAGAACUUUGAGGAUGUUCGACUUGUUUCUAUAACAAGUUUUCAUGUGAAAGUUUUUUUUUCUCAUCUUCAACAUUUAUGGUCAGGCGUUUUUCCAUGAUGAGUACACUUGUUCAAAAAUUGGCAAGGUACAAAUUUUGCGGGUAUAAAAAUUAAGAGGCGACUGUUAAUGUCCAGAGAGAACAUGCACAUAGCGCUAUUCAGUAUUUAAAUGAACCUUAGUUUAGGUUUCCUCUUGUACUAUUAACACUGGACCGACAAGAGAUCACUUUUACUCCACGGACCUCUGCAUGGGGAGAACGGUGAACUGAUGAAACUAUCUAGUAUAAAUUGAACAUUAUAUGUCGUAGGUGCACCAACAUACGACUAUGAUAGUGAUGACGAGGCAGAAUUUCGAAAAAGAUACAUUCAUCAGGUAAAGGACAAGACAUUAAAAAUAGAAAAAGCGAAGUGCUGGUACAGAACGUUACAGAACGUAGCAAUUAAGUAUUGUAAUUAGCUUGAAAUUCAUGAAAAUGAGGCUCCUGGGCGCAGAACGUACUCAUGACGUAAUUAUCGAAAAGGUGUACGAAAACGGUAAUUGCCAAGAACGCCAAGAAAAUCACUAUAUAUUACUGUUAAUAUAUAAAUAGCCGAUUCUGGUAUAUAUGUUUUGAGUGCAAUUGAGUGAGACAAAAGAUACAUUAACUGUCCUAUUGUUACGUUAACAGGCAAUUGCUGAAUCAUUUUUGGAUGACAGAAUUCGGAAACAAGGGCAUGGUAGGUGUGAAAAUUUCUGGAAUAAUAAUUGUAAUUUAAGCCGUCUUUGAUUUUUCGGUUGAAUUACUUUCAGGAGAGCUCCUUGAUCGUGCUGAGCAAAAGAUUGCUUCGAAGGUAAGAUUGUACGUUUUGAUUCACUAAUGCGCAGGACUACUAUCCCAUUGUAAGAUCAUCUGGAGUUAGACAAAGUAAAAUAAUAAAGUAAGACGCAUUCUUGCGCAUUGCAGCUUAAUGGGUUAAAGUCUGCAUCGCAGCCUAGAUUGUAUAUGUUACUUUGUUCCUAGAUUUUAUAUUUCUGGCCUCGAGGGACAAAUACUUUAACCAUUAGAUACUGUUCACCAUAUCACCAGGGUUCACUCCUUUUUGUGACGCAUACGAGAAGAGUACUUCCAAUUUGGCUGCACGGAACAACGCAUACAGUUUUUCUCAGGGAACCCACUUUCCUCCUGUGGUAAUACUGGGGUGGUGUUUAGUGACUAUAGACUUAGUUUAUUUUGUUUUAAAUGACCAAACAGUUUCAGGUUGUGUUGUUUCUAGGAACAUGAAACACCAACAGAUCCAGACGAGCUACCGUGGUGUUGUAUUUGCAAUGAGGAUGCCAGUUUGCGUUGUCACGGAUGUGAUGAUGAUUUGUACUGUAAACGAUGUUUCAGGUGCAAUUUUGAAUAAAAUUAAAAUGAUUCAUGAUUUUUAAAAAAAUUCAUAUUUUAAUAUUAUACCUCCUAGUACAGGUGCAAAUAGUUUCUUAUUGAACUGCUAUAGACCAGAUUAAGUCCUACCAUUUAUAAGUACAUUGUUCUGUACAAACAUAGGUACAGAACAAGCAGGUUAUGAAACAAGAACGACAUUUAGAGCAACAUUUUAGUUAUAUGGCUUGGAUGGGUGUUGACAAUCUAUACAGCCUAUCAAAUGGUCUAAAAGCCCUUUUACGCUUAUUUUUGUUAAGGUCCAUUUACAAUUGCUAAUUAUAUUCAAUGAUAACGAAUUGCACACCAUACAUUCCCAGAAACUUUUUAUACAUCACAGCAAAUAUUUUUUUUAUUGCAUGAGCAAUUUAUUCAGAAGUAAUUUAUUCUACACCAGGCACAUGUUUACGUCAAAAUGUCCCUCCCUGGGUAACAAUGUUUCUACUAGAAUUUAUAUAGAAACUGUAUUUGAUAUUGGAUUGUGAUAUUGUUUUUUUUUUUUUAGGGAAGGACAUGGAAGGGGCGAGUAUGAAGAUCACACAACAUCACCUUAUAAACCACCCAGAAAACCAAGAUAGAAAGACUGUUUUUUCUUUACACCAUCAUAGCUAAAUAACAAUUCAUUUUUUCUAUCUCCAUUAAGUCAGUUAUUUUUUCAGUCAGUCAUUUUUUCUAUCUCCAUUAAGUCAAUCCCCCCCAUCUUCCUGAAAAAUCUGCACAUUCUCUCUCAGCUGAACCAUAUAUACUUAUCUGUUUGAGGAUGUGCAGAUUAUUCACAAGGUGCACUCUUCACCAUGCAUCACAGCAAAUUAUGUCAAAAAUACCAAAACAUUAGUACUGAAAUUUCACUUAUGUUAAAAUAUCACCUUUUCCUUGGGGAUCGAUGCAGCUGCAGGGGGAAGGGUGCACAUCAGAAAGUUCACCCAUAUAAUUUUACCACCAGUUUGUUUUGGAACUCCGCAAGUAUGGUAUGCCUGGUUCAUGUACCAAUGUAUAUAAUUAUUUAUUAGUUUAUGUCACACAACUACAAUAACUAUAGAAUAUAGUAAGAUUAGUUAUUUUUCAUCAAUAAUGUCAGGAGCAAUGUAGCCAAGUAUAGGUGGUGUUUCCGUUGGUCCUUGCAAGUGCAGUGGAAACAAUGAUUCAUCAGUCUUAACAGCUUCUUCAUAAUGCCAAGGGGAAACUUUUUUCAGUUCUCUUAAUGCCAGUUCUCUAGAACUAAUAACAUCUUGCAGUUUUCUCAAUUCGUCCCUUUGUUGUUGAUUUCUGUACUUUGACCAUUCCUUCAACAAUAAAACUCUUCUUUCCUGCUCUUGUUCGUCGACUUCAGGCACGUUUCUCACUCUAUCAUUUUGCAGUAAACUCCUAGGGAAACAUGGGUGAAAGAUGUGU